AUUAACUCAAAUUGCUGGACGACUAUCCAAACGGGCUGGGAAUUAUUGUCGGGGUUCUUGUGGUUCACUUUAUAAUUACCAGCAGGGCUGGCAACAAGUCCCUCUAUAACUUCUCGACAUAGCGUUAUCUACGGUUCAACUUCGUGGACUGGAGCCAGGACAUCAGAGCAGGCUAUAUUUUGAGCUGGCAUUCUUGGCUGCUUGCAGUAUGGAUGUUACCUCAUUGCUGAACUCAUCCUCAUUGGUACAAGGAGAAACAGCUACAAAUAAGGAUGGGCGGGACGAUGGGCGGGACGAUGAGCGGGACAUCGUGGACCAUGGCACCAGCUCGAUGCCGUCGACGACGGAGGCGACAGAGACGACAGAGACGACGGCAGGCCAUCCAUCCUCUCCGCGUACUCCAGCCCAAGAGAAGGCCCCUGCGCACGAAACGAAGUUACCACGUCGAAGUAGGACACCAUGGAACGCCGAUGGAUACGCCCUCCCGCCAAUAGACACCAAAUCGACUCGGGCGACAGUACAUUCAACAUCAAAUACUACAUCGCCUGCAGGAUCCGGUAGUCCUAGAUCGCCACGACACAAGUUCUCCGAGAGUUAUAGUAGCCUCUCCUCCUCGUCGACUCUAUCAUCCCACUCGAGGAUUUCAUCUAUGUCUACGGUUGGUGGAGUCCAACACACUCAAUUCGACCGUGCCGAGCUUACGAUUCCUAAGACAUGGUCUCCAGGUACGAACCAGAAACCAGCAAGUGAAGCAAUCAUUUCCCCGCCUUCGAUUCGUACGGAAGCACCAGUCAUAAGUCCAAUACGAUCUAGCUCACCAUCCGAUACCAUGUUAAUGCCGAGGGGCUGUGUGAGUGCAAAUCGGACUGAUAGACAAGACGCAACCAUUACCAAAGACACUAAGCCUGAUCUGAAUCGUCUCGCCCCUAUUGAUUUUUCCAAAGUGCACAAGAGGGCUAUCUCCGCCCCUGAUUUCAAUGUCACGGAAGGGAUUGAUCGAACCGUUCCUCCGCUCUCUGUUGCGCUCCAGUCUGUUGCGCUCCAGCGUCCUCUAUCGCCUCCGCAUCGUGUUGAACUUCGCCCCUACAAUCGACCGGUCUACGGCAUGGAGGCGAGGCCCCCUCCACCAGCCUUCGCUAAUCAUCUUUCCCAGGAUGGAAGUCCUGUCUGUAUGUAUCAGCAGGAUUGCGAGACGGGAUCUUCACUCCGCAAAGCCAUUUCGCACAUCUUCGGACGGAAUAAGACGUGCACCAGAAACAUACCUCCGAAAGUUUGGGUUCACUACUGUCGCAAACAUUACCAACGAAGUCGUUAUCGUAAUGGUCCAGAGUGGGCUGACACCCAAUGUGAGUUGGUACAGAAACAGAUCCGCCGUGUUCAGGAAUGGAGUGACGAAAAUAGGCGAAUUGGACAGCCGGGAGUAAUCAAGGAUUGGUCAUUGUCCAUGAGGAAAAGAGAGCAGGCUCGUAUCCAGGAAAAAUCCGCUAGGAAGCGUUCUCAUCGUGAAGAUAGCGAAGACGAAGAAGACGAUAUACCGGACAGCGCUGUCAUGAACGGUACUGCCGUGCCUGAUUGGCUACGUGACCGGUGUGGCAGUGGGUAUACCACGGCCGAGAUUGAAGAAAUUGUUGCUCGCAUGAGGAAUGAGAUAAGAGAGGCCCAGAGUACUCAGAUUCCCGACAUAGAGAUUCUCCCAAACAUCUCCAUGGAGACCCCGAAUGACACGAAACCUAAGACGAUAACGAGGCAGAGAGGUAGCCCUGGCAGCAGUCAAAUCCAUAAACGCUCUCAGUCAGUUGGCGUCGCUCUUCGGCCCGAGCCGCGCAUGAUGAUACGUCGCGUAAGCCAACCCGCGUAUGUCCGACACGAAGAAGAUGUGCACCUACAUCCUAGUGAUAAGCGUCGGCGUAUAUCAGGCACAUCUCUAUACAAUGCUCCUCAUACAUUCAUGAACUCAAGGCUACCCGAGCAUCCUACCCCCAUCCAUCCUCUUUCCCAUCGCCAAGGCUUUGGCAAUAUCCAAGAAAGCCGUGCCGAGGAGCCAUAUUACCGCCAUGAUACCGCCAGAGCCCCAGAAUACGGCUACAAUCGUUGGCCUAAUCUAGGUCCUCAGCGGAAUCAAGUUCAGCCAAUGGGCGCAGCACCGGGAAUUAGCAACCACCAGCGGUCUUUUUCCGAAGCCGCCAGCGCCCAUCCCGGCUUUACUUUCCGGACUCCUUUCAACCACGCUCCAAUGCUAGGAGCCUAUUACACAGAUCCGGCAUCUUACGGUAGAGGCAUGAUACCUCCGGCGCAAUUUCAACCAACCCCUAUGAUUCCUAACUAUUAUGAUGGUCGGCCAGUACCGAACCAACGAGGCCCUGGUUUCUAUCCACCCCCUUUGUCAACUUCGGGGCCAGGUCACCCUCCCCUCGACCCCAGUUAUAGACACAUACGUCACCAGAGCACACCAUCAGUUAGCCAUACCAAUACUCCCCAGGGGCCUAUCGGUAGAUACGAGCAUCCUACUAGUAUCCAUCCGCAAGCCCCACACGAGCAAUUCUCUCCAUAUCAUCACCGCCAACAUUCCUACGCGCAACCUCACCAGAAUCCUCCUCGCCCUGCAGUCCAAGAAUCCGACCGGGAUAGAGAAAAUUUCAGCGAGCGUCGCUAGCCAAGGCUUUUAUACUUUCAUCAUGUACUAAUAAUACCCGAAGACCCCGUCCCGGGUCAGCAUCUUUCACUGCAUUUUCCGCGCCUUGCGUUUUCACCUUGUCCUUGCGGAUGACAUCCGUUUACUCGACUAAAAGAAACAAAAAAACACCUACGUUAUAGAAGGAACGGCCUAAAGUCUUAGACUCGAUACCCCCUCUUUCGACCAUUUUACAGAAUACGACUGGAGGCAUGGAACCAAACAACACGAAGUGGGCUAGGUGCCCUGUAUGAGCCUAUGAUUUACAGCGAUAUCGUUUCUUCAGGUUUGCUUCUGAAAAGCACGAUUAUAUUACGGGAGAUGAAAUAAAUCUCCAUUAAUGGGGUUGAGCCGUAGGUAGUAGCGUAUCACAGGAACUACUCGGGAUCGGCUCGGUAAAAUAUGAUGCCCAGGCGUAUCAGGCUGGGUGUCCCCUGUUAGCUAUGCCGUUUGUGCCUAUGGUCCGCGGCUAACAGCGAUGAGGUUGUCUUUGUACCCAUAGACGGGUAGACACUGAGGGUGUGCUUAGAGAGUCAAACCUUCGUUUACGAAUGCGAUGAAUUGCUUAAGACAUUGUGUUCGACAAUAGUAGUAGAAAUAAUAAAUGGAUAUUCCGUUGCCCCUUCAUAUAAAGUAUCUUGUCACUAUUAAAGCAUCAGUGC